GAGGUGAUCUCCAGCUACAGCGGCAGCUUCAUGACCGAGACGGUGGUGCCUGAUGCCAUGGCGUCGUACGGCGAGAGAGCCGGCGGCCCCGUGGUGGACUUCACCUACGUGGGCAUCGACGCCAUCCUGGAGCAGAUGAGGAGGAAGGCCAUGAAGCAAGGUUUUGAACUCAACAUCAUGGUCGUGGGGCAGAGUGGCCUCGGCAAGUCCACUUUGAUGAACACGCUCUUUAAGUCUAAAGUCAGUCGCAAGUCCGUAAUGGCCACGGGCCAGGAGAAGAUCCCCAAGACCAUUGAAAUCAAGUCCAUCAGUCAUGACAUCGAGGAGAAGGGAGUGAGAAUGAAGCUGACAGUUAUUGACACACCUGGAUUUGGAGACCAGAUAAACAACGAGAACUGCUGGCAGCCCAUCAUGAAAUUUAUCAACGACCAAUACGAGGCCUAUCUGCAGGAGGAGAUAAACAUCGACAGGAAGAAAAGGAUCCCAGACUCCAGAGUUCACUGCUGCAUAUACUUCAUCCCGCCUACUGGACACUGUCUACGGCCUCUUGAUGUGGAGUUCAUGAGGCGUCUCAGUAAGGUGGUCAACAUAGUUCCAGUUAUUGCCAAAGCGGACACACUCACCUUAGAGGAGAGAGACUUCUUCAAAAAGAAGAUCAGGGAAGAGCUGCGGGCCAAUGGCAUCGACAUCUACCCUCAGAAGGAGUUUGACGAGGAUGCUGACGACAGAAUGAUUAACGAGAAGAUCAGGGAGAUGAUCCCAUUUGCCGUGGUGGGCAGUGAUCAGGAGUACCAGGUCAAUGGCAGGAGGCUGCUGGGGAGGAAGACCAAGUGGGGAACCAUUGAAGUUGAGAACAUAGCCCACUGCGAGUUUGCCUAUUUACGGGAUCUCCUCAUCAGAACCCAUAUGCAGAACAUUAAGGACAUCACCAGCAGCAUCCACUACGAAAUGUACCGCGUGAGGCGCCUCAACGAGAACAACACGGCGGCCACUCACGCCAACGGAGUGCCGGAACAUCAUCAUCUCACCGCCCAUGAGAUAUAGGGUCAUCAACUCCUUAAUCGGGUUUGAGACUUUGGCCCACUCCAUUCAGUCCACGCAAUCCUGUCUCACAGGUGGGCUAGACACUCAACGGUCCUGACACCUGCGCUUUUGUGACUUUCCCUCACUAGAGAGCGUGAAGAGAUGUCCGUUUUUAACCACUUUCUAUACCCCAAACUUCCUGAUGCGUUCACCCGAGGGUGCCAACACUUCAGCACGGUCUGACACUCAACAAUAAUCUUUCUCAAGUUUGCUUUUGCAGCGCCGCCCUGUGGUUUGGACUGCACUUGAUCACUACAUUCGUCUCUGACCAGGUCAAAAGUGUGUUUGUGUUUGAGUAUGAAGAAGGAAUGGGGAAGGCCAUAUCAUUACGUGUGCAUAGAGCUUCAGGAGGAGUAAGAUCAAAAUGGCACAAAUUUUAGUCGUACUUUGCCACAUGUUAAACGCAGAUACCAGGACAAUGAUGUAUGUUUUUUUUUCAGUACUUACUGCCACUGUUUUAUAGAUAUCUAUUUAUGCACCAAGUCAAAUGUGAACAUCUUUGGUCCACAACGACAAUCCUGUUUGGCUUACUCAACCGUGCCUUAUUUAUUGGAUGUUUGUUUGGCCAAAGCUGCACGUUCUAAUGACGUUGUUUAAAGACACGUUUUCAAUUGGCUCUCGAUUUUAUUCUAUCUACCAAACAUCCGGUUCACUUUCAAUCUCGCUUAUAAUUCUCCGCAAACUGCCAUACUCUAUUGUGUAUUCUCUGUUUUUUGUAUUUGUAUUAAUAAUGCCUAAAAUGUCCUUUAUCUUAUUUUAAAGAAAUAAAGAUUGUUGUUUUAAACAUG